UCAUAAUGUAUAAAAAUAUUUUUUUAAAUUUGAGUCUGAUUCAGUCAUUAUUAUUUAAACAUACUAUUUAUAUAAGUAUUUUUCUGCCUUUCAACCGGAUAAAUUCAGCCGAAAUCUACGACAGCUUUCUUUUUCUCUCUUCUUUCUAUUAAAUUAUGUCAGACUUUAUAACUGAAUCAAUUUCGCAUCACAUCUGUUACCUAUCAUGAUUAUUAAACGGCGUUCCGUGGCAGUGACAGAAAUUUAUAGUACCCUCAUUACCACCGUUUAGUGGUCGCUACCGUCUCGCGAUACGAGAUCAUUAAAAGCUCCUUCCAGAAACGCACGUGCUUGCCAAGACCCGCCCAGAGGUUUGUGCGAUUGGUUGAUCUCGCGAUGACGUUGUGAGCACGUGGCUUUAGGAUACCGCCUCGAGGAACGAAGAAUUUGACUUGAGUGCCAAAAAAAUAUUGUUGGACACCGUGAGUAACCCCGACAAAACAGUCACUGGUUUCGGCUCUAAUCUUCCGAACAGAUCAAGGGGGUACUAAUGUAACCAGACAGCUUUGUUGUUGAUUCUUUCGGUUAUUGUUGCCGGUAUCAUCGUUUUCUCAUGUUUCAUUUAAUUAAAAAAUGUAAAAGUAAUAUAUUAGUAAAAGGGGAUGCUAUAGUGAAAUACCAAAAUCGUGCAAUCAAGCUUUGGUGAAGUUCUAUCGUAAAUUGACUAAUUCUUGGAACGCCGAUUGAAUAACAAGCCGCGUUUUUUUUUUUUUUAAAGAAAAAAGUGAGUGCUAUUCAAGAUUAAUAAAAAGAACUUAAAAAUCUAAUCCUUGAAGAACUAAUAUCAGUUGAAUUAAUUUCGAGCGCGGGGUAUUCACCCGAGAAUAUAUCGGAGACAAUUUUAUAGAUGCUAUUAGCAGAAUAUUCCGAGUAUUAUCUUGACAAAAUAUGUUUAAGAUGUCUGAUGAAGAGAUGAAAAAAUCAGAUUCGUCAAAGGGAACGAACGACUCUGCGGAAAAUUCGAAAUUGUGCUCUUUCAGCAUCGAGAGACUACUGGCACCGAGCAAGAUAGAUGAAGAACAGAAUAAGUUCUCACAACACACCGACUUGUCUUUGCUUUGCCAAGAAAAUAAUGAAUUGGAGACGAGAAUGGUUGUUGCACCCGAUUCAUCCAUGUCAAUGGCGGAGGAAAUUGAGCUCGACGAUACUGACAUGGUAUGCUCGACAUCUCCUGAGCCAGAGAUGUAUUAUGAAGCAUGCACCAGCAGCAGUGGUGCGAACUCAACCACGAGCGCGGACAGGGACACGCAGGAGAAGACCGCCGCUAUUAGCGACGACGAAAGGAAGAAGAGGCCACGCACGGCGUUCACCGCCACGCAAAUUAAAUCCUUGGAGGCGGAAUUCGAAAGGAACAAGUACUUGAGUGUGGCAAAACGGCUGCAGCUGAGCAAAAAUUUAAAGCUCACAGAAACACAAAUAAAGAUAUGGUUCCAAAAUAGACGAACUAAAUGGAAAAGAAAGUACACUAAUGACGUCGAAUUAUUGGCGCAGCAAUACUAUUCGAGCUUAGGAAUUCCAGCACCACGACCCAUUUUUGUCGGUGAUCGUUUAUGGUUCUUCAAUUACCCAGGACAACCGCAACCAGGAACAUUGCUCCCGCAGCAUUUAACACCGUUACCGUUACCCCCUGCAUUACCUAUUGCUCAACCACUGCCUAGUAAUAUAUCGAUGAGACAACAAACAUCCAUCUUUCAAAACAUACCAACCAGUCAUAUCGCGCAUCAUCUAACUCAGAGAUUGGACUUCAGGCAUCAUGAUCCAUUAAAUUAAAUCUGUAAUCAGUCGUAUAAAAGUAAUUAAUCAUUUUUUGCGUACAGAGCAAUAUGAGGCUAUGAAAUCGGACUUGUUUGCCAGCGAUAACAAUCAUUAUUUAUAACUAUAUAGCGCACAUUUUUUUAGUACCGCGUAUACUGAGAUACCGAUCGAUUACGAUAUGUAUAACUGUCACUAUUUUAAUUUGUUAUUCAAGUUAAAUUACAUAAAAUAUCUCUAUUUUUAUAAAACACAUUAUUUAUUUAUGAAUAUUUUAUUUGGUUUAACUUUAAAAUAGAUUGAAAUCAGUGAAUGUUCGUAUUGAAAAAUAGACGAAAAAGAUGACGCGUUCUGAGUAAUCGAGAUACAUUACCGAAACAAAUAAAGUCAAGUUUAUUAACUGAUCACCACAAACUCUCGGAACACGUGUUUGUAUACAUUGCAAUACUGAUAAUUUGGUGCUUGUGUCGAGAGCGUAAAAUAAAAAUGUUUACCAAAGUCAUGAUUCCAUUGGCCACGCCGAUUGUUUUCGUUAAAUAUAUGUAUAAUAAAUUCCACGAAGAGAUAACUAUCGCCGAACGCAUAUGUGGAUUCAUCAUCAUCCUCAGAGGAUUAAAUUAUUUCAUAGUGCAAUAUUGAAAUAAAUUAAAUCAAAAACAUUAGAGAAUAAUUUAAUUUAAAAAUGUAAUAAGUACUCGGAUAAGAAACAUAAUAUAAAUACGCUCAUAUAAAUAAACUACUUUUAGCGCAAGAUUUUUUGAUAAAGCAAAUAUACCUAUUUGCCGUGAAAUUCAACAAUGUACGAAAGUGUAGAGAAUAAGAUAAGGUAAAAAUUAAAUGUUACUAGAUUUGUAUGACUAUCUUUUUAUAUAUGCAUUUAUAAAAGUAUAUAGUACAUGUACAAAAUAAUUUCUUAACAUUACUAUAUGUAUAUGUAAAUUUAAUACAAUAAUUGUGACGCAACUACUUUCAAAGAAAAUGAACAAAAUAAAAGUAUUUACAUGUUUAAAUUAGUGAUAAAUGUCGCUGUAAAAUUCAAUGUAUGUCAUAAGAGUGAAAAAAUAAAGUUAAAAAUGAAUUUUUGUAGGAAUGUGUACAAGAUUUUUAUAAUUUAAUAGUUUAAUUUAU